AUGGUGGAAAUCACGAUUCGCAAACGCCCAAGGUCAGAGGCCGUCGUAACGCAACGCAAGUUCUUCAAGAAGACGGCCAAGGGGAAAGUUAUCAAAGUCCUUCGGGAACGUUACCUGCGAGACGACGUUGGAUGUGGUAUCCAAAACUGCCGUUCAUGCGCCGACUCGUGUACACCAUCGAGCAACCAGCUCACCGAAGCUACAAGGGAUGAAUAUCCUUCGUUCCCCGAUGGCCACUUUGUUAUGCCCGAUACCAACGUUUUCCUAUCCCAAAUGGACCUCCUGGAAUCACCUCUCUUUAACCCGCCUACUAUCCUCCUUCAAACGGUCGUGGAAGAAGUGCGACAUCGAUCUUUGCCCCUAUACAAUCGUUUGAAAGCGUUGAUGACCGCCGACGACAAACGGAUAUGGCUCUUCUACAAUGAAUACCAUUCCCAAACAGCUGUCGUUCGCGAAGAGGACGAAUCACCCAACGAUAGGAACGACAGAGGCAAGCUACCUUCACUGCGAACCGCCGCAUGGUAUCGCCAACACAUUGAACUCAACCGUCCUCCUGUACGCGGUAAACCUGCACCAAAACGACCGGCUGUCAUUCUCCUGACGGAGGACGUCGCAAACCGAUCCAAAGCAGAAGACGAGAAGAUCGUCUCCAUGUCGGUUCGCAAGUAUGUCGAAGGCAUGAAAGAGUCAACACAACUCCUGGACUUGCUGGCAGCUGAAAGCAUGGAGGAGAUUGAACCUACGCGGGCGAGUGGACGCCAGGUUUAUUAUCCAGAGUAUCUACCAUCGUCGACUCUUCUUGCUGGGGUCAAAGCCGGUCAAUUACACCAAGGUCACUUCAAUGCCAACCAAUACAAUUACUUGGAGGGCAGUGUCAAUGUCCCAGCGUUUGACCAAUCCAUUCUCCUCAUCGGACGGGAAAAUAUGAACCGCGCGACUAAUGGCGACAUCGUUGUUGUCGAGGUCUUCCCAGAGGACGAAUGGAAAGCACCCGCUGAUGAAGUUGUCGAUCAAGAGACGACGCUUAAAAAUGACGACGUUGAAGAUUCGGGCGACGAAGAUGAUACAACAACUGACCUCGUAGCCGCGAAGGAGUCGAAGGUGCUGUCCUCUGACCAGAGGAGUUCUCGAAGACAACCUACAGGCCGCGUCGUCGGUGUUAUCAAGCGCAAUUGGAGACCUUACGUCUGCCAUAUUGACAGUUCCUCCCUCACAUCCUCAAACAGUACUUCAUUGUCAACUCAAACGGUUUUCGCCACUCCUGUCUCUCGCCUUCUUCCUCGUAUCCGCCUACGAACCAGACAAGCACCUUCACUGGUCGGCCAAAAGAUCCUGGUCUCGAUAGACCGGUGGGAAGUGACAUCCCGGUACCCAGAAGGCCAUUUCGUUCGUGCGCUUGGCAAAGUAGAAAGCAAGGAAGCGGAACAGGAAAGCUUGCUACUUGAAUUCGACGUGCCUUAUCGACCUUUUGGGAAGGCUAUCUUGGACUGCCUGCCAAAGGAAGGGGAUCAAUGGGUUGUGCCCCCAAAGGAUGACAGUCACCCUGAUUGGAGAGGCCGAGAGGAUCUGAGAUAUCUCAAUAUCUGCAGCAUUGAUCCCCCUGGGUGCCAGGAUAUCGACGAUGCCCUACACGCUAGGAAACUUCCUAAUGGCAACAUUGAGGCUGGCGUUCAUAUCGCGGAUGUCUCCCAUUUCGUACUCCCCGACACGCCCAUGGACAAUGAGGCUGCUUCACGAGGAACUACUGUCUACCUUGUGGACAAGCGUAUUGACAUGUUGCCCGCUCUACUUGGUACAAACUUGUGCUCGCUACGUCCAUUUGUGGAGCGUCUCGCAUUCUCAACCAUUUGGGAACUCACCCCCGAAGCUGACAUUGUCAGCGUUCGUUUCUUCAAGUCUGUGAUCGCGUCCAAGGCUGCAUUCACGUACGAAGAAGCACAAAUCCGAAAGGAUGAUAAGAACCUCAAGGACGAUAUCACAGAAAGUAUCCGUCUACUGAACCACCUCGCCAUCAAGCUCAAGGGCAAACGAAUGGCCGCAGGAGCACUCAACUUGGCUUCUCCCGAAGUCAAAAUCCACCUCGACAGUUCAGAAUCGUCAGACCCUAUCGACGUCGAACAGAAGGAACUUCGAGAAACGAAUAGCCUGGUCGAAGAAUUCAUGUUGUUGGCGAAUAUCAGCGUUGCGAAGAAGAUCCAAGAGACGUUCCCCCAGACGGCUGUGUUGCGACGUCACUUGUCACCUCCGAAGACAAACUUUGAAAAGUUGCAGGAUAUUUUGCUGAAGAGGAAGGGGUUGAAUUUGGAUGUGUCUAGCUCAGGGGCACUGGCUUCUUCGUUGGAUAAUUGUGUCGAUCCUGACGAACCGGCUUUCAACACCUUGGUUCGAAUCAUGGCCACUCGCUGCAUGUUGUCCGCGGAGUACUUCUGCUCUGGGAGUGUGAGCAAGGAUACCUUUGGUCACUACGGUCUCGCGACACCAAUCUACACGCAUUUCACCAGCCCUAUCCGACGAUAUUCAGACGUUCUCGCCCAUCGUCAGCUCGCGGCUGCUAUCGGCUAUACACCCCUCCAUCCCUCACUUCACUCCAAGUCCAGGGUUGACAGCAUCAUGGAUGUAAUCAACCGUAGACAUAAGAUGGCUCAAAUGGCUGGACGGGCAAGUGUAGAGUUUUACGUCGGACUUGCCCUCAAAGGAAGAGAGGAGAGAGCCAAGGCGAGCAACAGUGGCGAGAUUGUGGAAGAUGCUUUUGUCAUUCGAGCAUUCAGGAAUGGUCUGGGAGUCUUCAUCUCUGCACUCGGCAUCGAAGGCUUGGUUACGUUUAAAAAGGACAUGCAAUUCGAUGCAGAAAAUUACAGUGUGACUGUACAACCGCCCGGUGCUAGUCCCGUCACGAUCUCGGUGUUCGACAAGGUCAGAGUCAGAUUACAGGUGGAGAAGGACAAGAAUACGCAGAGGGGGAAGGUGAAGAUGACGUUGAUUAGUCCGAUUGAUACGAAAGACCUGUGA